CCGAUAUCAGCCAAAUACUACAUAAUAUAUGCUUUUGGUCGUGAAAGUCGACACCUGUGCCAAAACACAAUCUGACGUCCCAAACCAUUAAAUAUUUUCUCUUUUUUUACUUUUUGAACUACUGCUAUGAUUCUAAUCGGUUUUGCAUUAUUAUCAACGGCGACCUUGAUCUGCGCAUGGCUUCCUGAUGGUAAGAUCCGUGGCGUCAAUCUCGGCUCCUUAUUUGUCAUUGAACCAUGGAUGGCCCAUACGGAAUGGACGCGUAUGGGCUGUGCCGAUCAAAAAUCGGAAUUCGACUGUGUCAUGCGUCUCGGUCAGGCCAAAGCCAACCAGGAAUUCCAAGCGCACUGGGACCGCUGGAUCACACAAGCCGACAUUCAGAAGAUGAAGAGCUACGGUUUGAACACAAUUCGAAUUCCUGUUGGAUACUGGAUUUAUGAGGACAUCGUGUACAAGGACAGUGAGCAUUUUCCGCAAGGUGGACUGGCUUAUCUGGAACGGUUAUGUGGUUGGGCCAGUGACGCGGGACUGUACAUUAUCAUGGAUCUUCAUGGAGCACCCGGUGCGCAAGAGCCCCAGCAGCCGUUCACCGGUCAAUAUGCUCCGACAGCCGGGUUCUUUGUAUCGUGGCAGUAUGAUCGAGCGUACAAGUUUCUGGCCUGGAUGACUAGAUUGGCACACACCAAUCAUAAGUUCCGCAACGUGGGAACCAUUGAGAUUGUGAAUGAACCGGCGCGCGGGCAGAAUUCGCUGGUGCAUGAGUUUUACCCGAAAGCAUUCGAAGUGAUCAGAAACGUAGAGAACAGUCUGAAUAUUGCUGCGGAUAAGCGCGUACACAUUAUGACGAUGGAUAAACGCUGGGGUGCCGGGGAUCCUAAAGCCGGAUUAACGGAUCUCUGGCACGCGGCGUAUGAUAACCAUCGCUAUAUCAAAUACGACACUUCGGUACCGCCGACCCGGCAAGCGUACCUGCGGGCCAGCUGCAAUGAUGACCUUUCCGGCAAUUGGCCGGUGGUAGUGGGAGAAUGGAGUAUCAGUCCAAAGAUCUCCGAUGAAUGGGGAAGUGAGUUUAAUCCCAGUUCACCGGGCGCUGCGGAGUUCUAUAAGAAAUGGUGGGCUGCGCAGGUGAUGGCAUAUGAGAAGCAAAACGGAUGGGUGUUCUGGAGCUGGAAAACGGAUCUGAAUGAUUAUCGGUGGAGUUAUAGUCUGGCGGUGGAAAAGGGAAUUAUACCGAAGGAUCCCACGGAGGCGUAUCGCAUAGCAGCGUGUUAGGGAUUUUAUGGUGCUCUUGUGUGUCUUUGCUUGCAUAGUGCGCACCAACAGAAUCUUAUCCUCAAUGAAGCUGUCGAUAACAAAACUAUUGGCUAUAGUAGUUCUGUCCCUUAAUUAAACUCGCGCGGAUGCAGUAUAUAAUUUUCAUACAUACCAUACGAGUACUGUAGCUAUAAAGUGUCUCCAAAGUAUACACUAAAAUAUGCUAUUGAUCCCAGUACGUACCGAAGGAACAUUAAAUUCACCAUU